AUGGAGGGGGAUGUCGAUGGCGUCAUGGAGCGGCCGACCUUGGCUUCCGGCAUGCCAGCCGACGAGCUUCAACGGGAGAAGGAUAAAUGGGAUGCGUGGAACUCCCAGAAGGGUCUGAGCCGGACGGAAGCGAAGAGAAGAUAUAUCGAGGCAUUGAUCGAGACGAUGCACAAAUAUGCGACAACACCCGACGCAAAGGAACUUGUCGCGGAACUCGAGUUCGUAUGGAAUCAAAUCAAGAACAAUAGCCCCAGCUCGACCGACUCUUCACCGAAAGGCACAGGUUACACCGGCGAAUUACGACAGUUUCAGCCACCCCUGGCUGGAUCCGAAGGGCCACUGAAGGUUCUCAGUCCUAUGAGCGAGAAUGAUGCCGCGGAAAGAAACUCGGAUGGAAGGAUAGGCUUCGACGAUGACGACAACGACAACGACAAUGAAGGUGACGCGCUCGGGAGGAGCAGCAACUGGUCCCGGAGCGUGGAGCGAGCGCUUGAGAAGCUGUCCGCCGAGGUCGCAGCAUUACGAGAGCAAAUAACAAUAGGGAGGGAGUGGAAGUCGAAAAAGUCACGAAGCUUUCCGGCUUGGCUACAGUGGCUUACAUGGGUUGUCAUGAAACAUCUAGCUAUCGACAUGGUGCUACUAGCAUUCAUCCUACUAUGGAUGCGCAAGCGGAAGGACAGGCGACUGGAAGACUUGGUCCGAGCAGGGUUGAAGUUGAUGCGGGAGUACGUGAGGAAAGUUUUACCAGCCAGAUGA